UCUUUGGGCAUUAGAGCAAAGAGCGUCUAAUCCGGACCAGUUGUGAUCUUGAGGACAAAUAUGAAAUUCGCAAUUCUGUUAUUGGCCUUGGUGGGCUUUGUAGCUGCGGCCAGCUUCUCCCACUCCAAGGAUGUCAAAUACGCUGACAAGGACUUCUUGUACAAACAAAAGUUCUUAUUUGAAAUUGUUUAUCGUGUGGAGGAUCCUUUGAUGUUCGAGGAAUGGAUUAAGUUUGGUGGUAAAUUCUUUGCUGACAAGUCAUAUUAUACACAUUAUGAUGUGUACAUGCAGAAAUUCUAUGAAGCCUACAAAUAUGGUGCCCUCUUACCUAAGGGUGAAUUCUUUGGUGCUUUCGCCAAGACACACCACAAACAAGCCUGGGGUCUAUUCAACUUCUUCUACUAUGCUAAGGAUUGGGAGACCUUCAUGCACAAUGUAGCAUGGGCACGUAUCCAUGUUAACGAAGGCAUGUUCGUCUAUGCACUCACCUUGGCUGUGAUCCAUCGUCCUGACUUCGAAGGUUUGAUCUUGCCCAUGAUCUAUGAAAUCUUCCCACAAUACUUCUUCAACAGCAAGUUCAUCUAUGAAGCUGAGAAAUUUGAUUACGAUGUCUGGAGCAAAUAUACCAUGUAUGAAAAGGAAUACAAGGAUAUAUUCUAUAAGGAAAAUAAAUACUACUCCGACAACAAAUAUUUCUACACCAAAGACUGGAAGACAUGGCAAUGGUGGAAAAUGAUGGGAGUCGGCGAACACUGGUAUCAUGAUGAUAAAUUCUUUGUCCGCAGCAACUAUGAAAACUUCAGCAAGGAUCCAAAAUGGGCUGAAAUUAUGCAUGACGUUAAGGCUUGGUGGAUGCCAGUUGACUAUACUCGUGAUAUUGAUUUCUACAACGAUCACUCAUAUCUCUCAUACUUCACUGAAGAUUUGGACUGGAACGCUUUCUGGUACUACUUCAACAUGGAUUAUGCUUUCUUCUUAGAUGGCAAGACUUUCGGUUUGAACAAGGAUCGUCGUGGCGAAUUAUGGAUUCAUAACUUACAACAAAUUACUGCUCGUUACUAUUUGGAACGUUUGUCUCAUGGCUAUGGUGAGAUUCCAUACUUCUCAUACUACCACGCUUAUGAAUUCGGUUAUGAUCCAGAAUUGAUCUACUAUAAUGGUGUUGGAUACAGCUAUCGCAAGAACUACUAUGAAGUAGAGAGCUACGGCAAUUACGAAUACUUGAAUCACAUUUUCAACUACUUCAACCGUAUUGAAAAGAUCAUCGAUGAAGGUUAUUACACUGCUGCUGACGGCACUAAAUACGAUUUACGUGAUCCUAAAUCUGUUGAAUACAUUGGCAACUUCUUACAAGGCAACUUUGACUCCUUCGAUAAAUUCUUCUUCAACUAUUGGUACCUAUUGACUCAAAUGUACUUCGGCGGCGUUGACUACCAUCAGUUCGAUGUAUACCCACAUGUCUUCCUCAAUCCUGAAACCAUGUUGCGCGACCCACUCUUCUACUCUUUCCAUAAAUUGAUACUUGAGAAAUUCUAUUACUUCACCUACCAUUUGAAAUCGUAUACUUACGAGGAAUUGUACUUCCCAGGUGUUGCAAUUAAGGAAGUGAAUGUUAACGAUUUCGUCACUUACUUCGAUUUCACUGACUUUGAUGUCACCAACUUGUUGAACGACAAAAUGGUCUUCCAUGAUGGUAAGUUUGUUUGGGAUAAAACACUCUUGGCUCGUCAAUCACGUCUCAACCACAAACCAUAUCACUUUGAUAUCAUUGUUGAAGCCGAUAAGGCCUAUGAUGUUGUAAUUCGCACAUUCUUGGGACCCAAAUACGAUGAAUAUGGACAUGUGUUCCCAUUGAACGAAAACCGUUACAACUUUGUACAAAUCGACAAAUUCUUCUAUCAUCUAGAAAGCGGCAAGAAUGUUGUGAAUCGAAAGUCCACUGACUAUUUCCGAUGGGUUGAAGAUCGUACCACAUACUCAGAACUCUACAAAUAUGUGAUGGCUGCUUUUGAUGGCAAAUACGAAUUCCCAUUGGCUAUCAGUCAACCACAUUGUGGUUUCCCAGAACGUUUAGUCAUUCCACAUGGUUGGGCCAAGGGUAUGCCAAUGCAACUCUACUUCAUCGUCACACCAUACCACGGUAAAUUUGAUAAGCACUACAGUUUCGAUUACACGUACUCUUGCGGCAUUGGCUCUGGCACUCGCUAUGUUGAUGACUUACCAUUCGGUUAUCCAUUCGAUCGUGAAAUCGAUGAGUAUGAAUUCUUUGUUCCUAACUCAUUCUUCAAGGAUGUCAAGAUCUACCAUGAGGACAAAUUCGAAAAAUACUUCGAACAUAAGUACGAACAUUUCGGAACCUUCGAUUAUUCCUACUACUCUUAUUAAGAGAUGUUGUUAACUUUAUGAAACGAUGAUAUUAGUUUGUAAGUAGAGCAAAGCAUGUUAAAGCACAGCAAAAAACACAAAAAAAAAAUAAAUACGUUUCAAGUUUUUAUAAAAAAUUCAAA